CUUCCCUCUAUACUGCAGAAAGUAAAGCUUCUUAGACGAGAACUACGACGAGAAAACCAUGGCUAUUGCAAAGAGCAUCUUCCUCGCUCUGGCAGCUCUAUCAAUGACGCUGCCCGUAUCAGCACACCACCCCGGUCUCACCCACCUCCACAAUCACGAGGGCCAGCAACCACUUCGGGACCACCAUAAUACUCACGAUAAUGACGGAGUGAAGCGUGUGGCAAUCAUCGGUGCGGGUUCAGCAGGUUCCUCAGCGGCUUACUACCUCCGCCGUUUCCACGCAAACACAACCAAUACACCCCCUAUAAAUAUAACAAUCUACGAACGAAACGCCUACAUCGGCGGGCGUAGCACAACCGUGAAUCCCCACGGGAACCCUGGUUACCCAAUAGAACUUGGCGCCUCGAUAUUCGUCUCCGUGAACGAGAACCUCGUAAAUGCGGCGAAAGAGUUCGGCCUAACCGUCUCCUCCACCUCCAGCACUCGCCCCAAAACGGUCCAAGAUUCGAUAGGCGUAUUCAAUGGCGAGGAAAUGGUCUUCGUGCAGCCAUAUGCCGAGGGGAAAGUGGGCAAGUGGUGGUCACUCGCGAAACUGCUGUACCAGUACGGCCCCUUCGCGCCCAUCAGGGCAAACCGCCUGACGGAUGAGGUUGUGGGGAAAUUUCUCAACAUGUAUCGGGAACCCCUAUUCCCAUUUUCGUCAUUGGGUGAGGCAGCGGAGAGUACGGGCUUGUUGGAAGCCACGGGCGUGACGGGAGAGCAGUUCCUUAUGGCGAAGGGCGUUGGGAACGGGAAGUUUGUGACGGAGUUGAUGCAGAGUAGUACUAGAGUGAACUACGGCCAGAAUCUAGGAUUGAUACACGGUCUUGAGACUAUGGUCUGCAUGGCGGCGGAAGGUGCCGUCAGCGUCGAAGGCGGGAAUUGGCAAAUCUUUGAGGGGAUGGUGAAGAGCAGUGGUGCUCUCUUUCACUUGAAUACCUCCGUUACCGGCAUCACGGAAAAAUCCACCAAAGAGGAUAAAAAAAUCUGGACGAUAACCUCCCAAGAGCACGGAGACCGGCAACCAGUCGCGAACCAAGACUUUGACGUCGUAAUAAUCGCCUCCCCAUACCAAUACCUAGAUCUCACCCACCCACCAAGCACCCUGCACAAGACCCCCGACGAAAUCCCCUAUGUAGCCCUGCACGUCACACUCUUCACCUCCCGCCGCCCCCUCGAUCCCAAGUACUUCAACCUAGACCCAGCCUCCACAGUCCCAGAAACAGUCCUGACAACCCUAAACGCGACCGAACAAUCGAGCGAAACAUUCACUCGCGGAGAAGGGGCUAGCGCCGUUGGCAAUGUAGGGUUCUUUAGCAUUUCCACCCUGCAACAAAUCUUCACCGAAGAGCACGGGGAAGAGUUCGUAUAUAAAGUGUUCUCGCCAGAGGUAUUUGGCCAGGACAGGAUUAGGAAAAUCCUUGGCAUUGAGGGCGAGAGCGAGGACGAAGCGGAUGUGACGUGGGUUCUUAGACAUUUGGCACGUACCUUCCUUCCUUCCCCCUCUUUUUUUUUUUGGAACGCAUACCCCUACUUAUACCCACGCGUCACCUUCGAAGACAUCAAACUUGCUGAGGGAAUGUACUACACUGCUGGCAUAGAGAGCUUUAUCAGCACUAUGGAGACGAGCAGUCUCAUGGGGAUGAAUGUUGCUAGGUUGGUUCUGGACGAGGCCUUGGGGGCACGAGGGAAGGUUAAGGCGAAGUUGUAGUUUAAUAGCCUUAAUCGGUAGAAUAAGGAGGCAUUGGGGAGGGCAAGAUUUUAAUGCUACGAUACCUGUGCGUCAUCCUCACUCACCGUGGAAGGAUUACGGGAUUGACCGAUUGGUGCGGGAGACCCCUGCUUCUUCCUCCCUUUCAAAGCAUUGGGCUAUUAUUAUAUUGGUAAUGAUAUAUGAUACACGGUUCU